CCCAAACCAAUCGCGGCAGUCCCAAGCGAACCUCUGCGGUGUUAAAACACAACCAAAGCGACGUAAAGGCGGAACAUUUUAAGGUGAAAAACUGGAGUGCAACGUUUGAUGAUCCAAGCUGACUGGAUCGCUGCCUCUGGGUGGACCAGGCACCUUCUGAGGUCAGAUCUGGUGGAUUUUUAUGACAAGUUUCCUUGCUGUCGUCAUAGCAAAAUCCAAGAGACAAGUCACCCUCACUCAGACGACAACAUGAAGUUGAAAGUGCAGGAGCUCCUCAUCAUCUGCUGCUGCUGUCCGUUUGUGGCGUGUGUGGGCCAAGCCAAGUUUCCUGAACAAGAAAAGGAUCCUAACUUCUGGAGAUCGUGGGCCCAGCGGACCCUGCAGAAUGCACUGACUCUACAACAGCUAAACCAGAACAGAGCAAAGAACCUCAUCCUGUUCCUCGGCGAUGGGAUGGGCAUUCCCACGGUGACAGCCGCCAGGAUACUGAAGGGUCAGCUGAGCGGACAACCUGGGGAGGAAACCCAGCUGGAGAUGGACAAGUUCCCCUAUGUGGCUUUGUCCAAGACAUACAACACCAAUGCCCAGGUGGCCGACAGCGCCGGCACAGCCACGGCCUAUCUGUGUGGAGUCAAGGCCAAUGAGGGCACAGUGGGCGUGAGCGCGGCCGCUGUUCGAUCCCAGUGCAACACCACCCAGGGCAACGAGGUCACUUCCAUCCUCAAGUGGGCCAAGGAUGCAGGAAAAUCGGUGGGAAUAGUGACAACGACUCGCGUCAACCACGCCACACCCAGCGCUGCUUACGCCCACUGCGUGGACAGAGACUGGUACUCUGACAACGAGAUGCCAGCGGAGGCACUGCAGGGCGGCUGCAAAGACAUUGCCAGACAAUUGUUUGAAAAUAUUCCAAACAUUGACGUAAUAAUGGGUGGAGGAAGGAAGUACAUGUACCCCAAAAACACACCGGACGUAGAGUACCCUGACAUAGGGAAAUACAACGGCACGCGGAACGAUGGCCGGAACCUGGUGCAGGAGUGGGUUGACAAAAUGAAGGACAAAAGAGGCCAUUAUGUGUGGAACAAGUCGCAGCUCUUAUCACUCAACCCCAGCAGCGUCAAUUACUUACUGGGUCUAUUUGAGCCUGCGGAUCUUAUGUACGACUUGGAGAGGAACGCUGAUAACGAGCCGUCACUCACAGAGAUGGUGGACAUGGCCAUUAAGAUCCUUAGGAGGAACCCCAAUGGAUUUUAUCUGCUGGUAGAAGGAGGUCGUAUUGACCAUGGUCACCACGAGGGCAAGGCCAAGAUGUCCUUGUACGAUGCCGUGGAAAUGGAUCGGUCCAUCGGCCGAGCGGGUCUCCUGACCAGUGUAUUUGAUACAAUGACCAUUGUCACUGCCGACCAUUCGCAUGUGUUCAACUUUGGAGGUUACACGCACAGAGGAAACAGCAUUUUCGGCUUAGCCCCGGAGGUAAGUGAUGUGGACCAGAAGCCCUACACUGCCAUCGCAUAUGGAAAUGGACCAGGUUACAAGGUGGUGAAUGGUGAAAGAGAGAACGUUUCCACUGUUAACUAUGAGGAAGCCAACUACAAGGCCCAGUCAGCCGUUCCUCUGAACUACGAAACACACGGUGGCGAGGACGUGGCCGUGUUCGCAAAAGGUCCGCUGGCUCACCUGCUGCACGGCGUCCAUGAGCAGAACUACAUCCCACACGUCAUGGCCUACGCGGCUUGCAUCGGCAGCAACACGGCGCACUGCUCGAGUGGGACCGUCGCCGUACGCCCCGUCCUCUCCAGCAUCAUCACUAUGCUUGCAGUCACACGUCUUCUAUGCUGACCAUACCUGACUAUCAGACAUACAUUUGGGGAUUCUACUUUUAUUUUAUUUUUUUAACUCUUCAUAUUCUGACCACUAUGUUUCAAAUUUAUAAUAACACAUUUUGAGUCUUCAGGCAUGUAAAGUAAGUCAUAAUAACUCCACAUGCAUGAAGGUCGUCACAUGAUCUGUCCUGAUUUGUCUAUUGAAUGGCUUUGUCGACCCUUAGGGCAAUGCUUCUCAAUUAUUCUCUGUCAUGCCCACCCUAAGGGACAGAACAUUCACCCCCCCAAUUUGAAAUACUGGAGAAACUGAUAUGUAUUCAUUUAUAUAUACUAUAAAGACUGAAUGAACUUGAAACUGAAAAUGCAACAAAAAUAACGAGCAUAAAGUGUCUUCAAGAGUCAAACUGCAUGUUGAUUGGUUUGAACUCAACUGAAAGCCCGCCCCACUAUUUGAGAAGCACUGUUUUAGGGUGACAACACGAGAUUUAUUGGCGUUGUUGUUUUGACAAUAUAUCUACCUCAUUCGUGUAAAUAUGACAGGAUGUGGUUUGUGCUAAAAUUGGCAUUUUUUAAUGAAUUCUUGACACAAAAAAGGCUUACAGUACUAUAAAAGUACUGUGAAUUUUCAUUUUAGAGCAAUCAUGUUACUAUAGUAAAACUAUCGUGAAAUAGUACAACUUGUACAGUUAGCAGCAUUACGGAAAACACCCCAAGAGUACUAGAAAAAGUGCGGCAUGGGCCUAUGAGAAGCGAUUACCGUAUUUCCCGGACUAUAAGUCGCACUUUUUUUCAUAGGUUGGCUGUUCCUGCGACUUAUACUCCAGAGCGACGUAUAAAUGAAAAAACUGUUUAUGUUACAUAAACACUGGAUAUCUUUUCUAUUCAUGUUUAUUUUAUAACCAUUGUGUUAGCAUAUCUUACACCUAUUCAGCAUGAACUUACCUUCCAAGAGGACGUAAUGUCUGUUUUGGUCAAGUAGUUUGUAAAAUACCCGCAAAAAAUGUGACUUAUACUCCAGUGCGACUUAUGUAUAUUUUUUUUCUACCUGAUUAUGAAUUUUUGGAAUUGUGCGACUUAUACUCCGGAGCGACUUAUAGUCCAGAAAAUACGGUACAUUUUGGUGAGAAGCAAGCAAGUUGAGUUACUAUACUUACAGUAUCAUGGGGACCGUCCACCAUCUUGUUCACCUACUAUAAACCAGGAAGUAGCUUGCUUACUAAUAAACAAAAACAAAAGGGCUGUCUUUGAGUUUCAUAGUCAAAUCUGAUUUGUAAUUGAAUAUAUAUACUGUAUAUAUUUGUGUUAUCUUUUUUUUAAAGAGCACCGCUAAUGGCGAUCCCUACAGGUAACAUUAACUUUCAGUACCUAGUUUGUGUUUGUGGCGGUCAGCUAGCUCAGUAGCAUUGUCUAGUACCUUGCUGUUUAGUCUCUACAAAUUAUGACUUUGCAGUCCCAAAAUGGUAUAAUCUUGGUCACAUGACAUUUUCAUAUGUUUCGAUGACAAUAUUGAUAGUUGAAUCGCACUCUAAAUUGAAUAGUCCACUAUUCUUUGUCCAUAAUGGAGGCCUGUACAACCAUUAGCAACAUGCUAGGUUGAAUCUAAUGGUGUCCUAAGAUCUUUGCAUGGUAUUGGACCAAAUGUUUUCCAAACUGUUAUUUCUUGCACUUUUCCAUCUGCCCUGUUGCCGUGGAUGAUAUGGAAUGUGACUGGACUCAUGGCCUGGCAUUGUGCACCCACGAACACAACACCAGGGGGUCCCUCUUGCUGGAUGAAGCAUAAAAUCAUGAGUGCGCGAA